AUGCCCCACGUCGACGUCGGCUCGGUCAUGUCAACCCCGUUUCCGUCCUUCAUGUCAGUGGUGGGAAAACCCGAUUCAAGCCUCCUGAAGGAUAUGGAAGAAUUGGCUGCUGCUACCGGCUCGAUACCAGACAGCGACACCCAGAUCUUGGUGACUGACGCAACCGCUCCGCCAGAGGCCACCAUUCGACGCUCUGCUCUUUCUCUUCACCACCGCGACAGCGUCACUUCGAUCACCUCGACUUCCACAAACUCCUCGCCCACAAACACCAAUUCCACCUUUGACUCUCCCGUCAUCACCGACUCUUCCCCCGGGUCGUCCCCCGAGUCAGCGUCAUCGAAUGCCCCCGUCUCUCCUUUCCGGAACAUUAUGAUCAGACCGUCAAUCGAAGCACCUCGAAAUCCUCCGCCGCAGAGGAUACCGCCGCCCAAGGAAGAGCCACCGAGGCCUGGGUUGAUCUCUGACGCUCCCAAGAAUGUCAAGAAUCUAUCCUUGAACAUGGGCGCCGUAGUCCUUUCGCGGUCCACGACGUCGCAUGGAUUCGAGUCUCACGCUUUCUCAGCACCCACUUCUCCCUCGAAGGACGCGCCAAAAACAGGGCGAAGGAAGCCGACGAAUCUGACAAUCCGGACACCUGGGUUUCAACAAUCGACUUUCAAUCGGGCAAUGGACGUCCCCCCAACGCCCGGCUUCCGACCGACAUUACACCACAUGGCUUCGUCGCCAGCGCUCGCCUCAGUGGCUUCGCCGAAGAAACAACCUCCCGGCGGUCUGUUUCUCCAUCUACCUGCCUCUGGCACUGUCAUCUCUGGUCAAGGCUCGGAUUCAAGUAGCUCGGGCCAUUCUGUUAAUAGUCAGCUACCCGAGCUGAGGGAGGAGGACGAAAUCCACCGAGCGCAAAAGUCACAAGAAACUCAGGAGAAGGGAUACCCCGAAGGGCCGGUGCUGAUCUACGACACUGGAGUGUAUUUGUAUCUCGAACCCACCGCGGAGGAGGCAAGCAAGUUUGACACGGUCAUCAAUGUGGCCAAAGAAAUCAAGAAUCCCUUUCUGAUGGACGCUCCAAAGCCAGAGAUACCCGAACCCCAGACCGCCAUCUCCGAACUGUCCUUCAAGUCAGCCUGGGAGUGGCCUCGACCCAGUGACCUGCCGACACCUUCCACCCCGCGACCGAGUUCAUUCAGUCAAACGAAGCGGCCUGAAUACUUGCAUGUACCAUGGGAUCAUAACUCGGAAAUACUGGAGGAUCUGUAUUGUCUGUGUCGAUUAAUUGAUGAGCGGAUUCAAGAGGGCAAAAAGGUGCUCAUCCACUGUCAGCUGGGCGUCAGUCGAUCGGCUUCGCUGGUGAUCGCAUAUGGUCUGUACAAGGGCUACCAGCCCGAUUUCCACUCGAUGUACAUGGCGGUCAAACAGCGAAGUCAAUGGGUCGGGCCCAACAUGAGUCUGAUCUAUCAGUUGACGGAUUUCCGGGCAAAGGUGGUCAAAGACGUCUAUGGGGAUCAUUGCAACAAUCCCAAACCGAGCUGGUGGCAGAUAAGAUCGUCGAGCUCUCCGGUAAUGGAUACGCCCAUUGCCAAGCAGUCGUCCUGGCAAGCUCCGUCGGGAGCUGAUGGCCAAGCGCCGGGCUCUUCCAGCGCGUUUGUCGCGCCGCCGCUUGCGAAGGCCGUGCCGCCCUUAAGACUGAAUAAAGAGCUGCCUCCGGUUCCCCCUUUCCCACGAAAUGAGCCGACUACGGUGGCCACACCGAUCAAGCUCAGCCAGAUCUUGGGAGGCAUCGCGCGCCCAUCCCCUGAACCAGCAAAGACUACUGGGCCGGCACUUGCCGCCGAGACUCCGAGUCCGCCUCGCACACAGAGUCCUCCACAGGGUGCAUCCCCACGGCCGCUGCCGUUUCGAGAGCGCUUCGACCCCUCGCCCUCUCAAUCACCGCCUAACCCCUCGAAGACUCCCCGACUCGGACUCGUGACCAGCUCACCAAAAAUGGAUCUAGCCAUGGAGGAACCCAGCAGCCCAUCGCUAUUUUCACCUCGGGCGGCUGAGUUCAUGGCAUCGCCAUUCGGGAUCACGGCAGCAGGAGACCUCGCUGUGACCCAGAAACUCAAGAAGAAGCCGUCAAAAGGUGUCUUGCUCCCCCCACAGAUACGACCGUCGGUCCACUUGGCGGCAUCAGCGGAUCCCAUACCGGUUCCCUUUGACCCGCGAAGUCCCCAUCAACAGGGCGAAGGACCCGAGAUUUUUCGAAAUAUCGAAGACUUCUUGUAA